GGCAGCUGAGGGAGGAGGCGGUGCGGGAGGUCGUGAAGCUCCUGCCCUGACCAAUCCAAGCGUCCCGGGCCGUGACCCUGCUCCUGCAGCGCCCUGAGAAGCGAAACCGGCCGGAUGGGCCGCUGAGUCGGGGACCGCGUGGAGCCCCCUGGAGCAGAGAUCACGAUGUUCCGCUUCAUGAGGGACGUGGAGCCGGAGGAUCCCAUGUUCCUGAUGGACCCCUUCGCCAUUCACCGGCAGCAUAUGAGCCGCAUGUUGUCAGGUGGCUUUGGAUACAGCCCCUUCCUUAGCAUCACAGAUGGCAACAUGCCAGCAACUAGGCCCACCAGCCGCAGGAUGCAGGCCGGGGCUGUUUCUCCCUUUGGGAUGUUGGGAAUGUCUGGUGGCUUCAUGGACAUGUUUGGAAUGAUGAAUGACAUGAUUGGGAACAUGGAACACAUGACAGCUGGAGGCAACUGCCAGACCUUUUCUUCCUCUACUGUCAUCUCCUACUCCAAUACUGGGGAUGGCGCCCCCAAGGUUUACCAGGAGACAUCUGAGAUGCGCUCUGCCCCAGGGGGGAUCCGAGAGACACGGAGGACUGUCCGGGACUCAGACAGUGGGCUAGAACAGAUGUCCAUUGGGCAUCACAUCCGGGACAGGGCUCACAUCCUCCAGCGCUCCCGAAACCACCGCACAGGGGACCAGGAGGAACGGCAGGACUACAUCAACCUGGAUGAAAGCGAAGCAGCAGCAUUUGAUGAUGAGUGGCGGAGGGAGACGUCCCGAUUCCGGCAGCAGCGCCCUCUGGAAUUUCGACGGCAUGAGGCAUCCGUGGGUGGCGGUCGGAGGGCCGAGGGGCCUCCCCGCCUGGCUAUCCAGGGACCUGAGGACUCCCCCUCUCGACAGUCCCGUCGCUAUGACUGGUGAAGGUCCUAAGCUCUCAGCCUCUCUUGUACAGGCUGAGAGGCUGAGACAUCAUCCCUUGAAAUAACUUCCUUUCCAACUUCCAUCCCCAAUUUAAUAUUAAAUUAACAGGCAAGCUGACCCCCACCUCUCCCUGGGGGUCUCAGGGAGAGCCUUUCACUGCCCCUUGACCUACUUUUUCUGUCAUUUGUCCCCUUACAUGAUGACUCCACUUGUCCUGUAUCCACUAACUUGAGUUUUCAUUUGCUGCUCCAUCUCCAAGCCUCCUCAUCUUCCCCUUGAGCCCCUGCCACACAUUGAAGGGUCUUUUGGGGCAAGCUCUGGGUUAGGGACCUCUAUCCCUCAGCUCCCCUGGACCCUUGCCCACCUCUUCCUCAGAGCCCCCACUGCAGGUGCCAUAGUCCUGUCUGGGCUGUGGAGAGAGUGGACUGGUUCCCAACUCUUUCUCCCUUCUCCCACCUCCACACGUCACAAAAGAAAUCUUUCCUAUACCCUUCUCUGCCUUUAUUUUUUGAUUUGUGCAACUUGUAACUAGGUGUUUAUGGAAUAAAGGAGAAUGGAAAGAAAAAA